CAAGACAUUUAUUAGCCCCGAAACCCUGUUAUCACGCACAAGUCUGCGGACGACGCAGAAGGCUGCCUUGGGAUUGCGAUUCCAGUCUCUACGGCCGGUAAUGACAUUCAGUUUAAGGCACAUAUCUAUAAUAUCUGGAACGUACUGUGCAUUUUCAAGUUGUUGACGCACUGCGCAUUGUCAUAUAUCAUCUUGAAGUAAGCAAAUCUUCAGAGUUUUAUCCUGAAAAGAUCAGUGCCGCCUUCUCUUCCGACUUUGUGAAAAAAAUGAAAGACACGAUCGAGCAACCGGACAACAGCGUUUUAAAGCACGGCUACCUCCUCAAACAAAGCGAAGUUCUAAAACAGUGGCAUCUGAGAUAUUUUGUGCUCAGCAAAGAAUGCUUGUGUUAUUAUCGGAGCGAACAGGAGGCAAGAGAAGAUCAGAGCGCUCCUAAAGAGCUUAUUUUCUUUAAUGACAUGUCGCUGUACAUAGACGAACUCCCAGACAAGCAAACGAAGUACUGCUUGAAGAUCGUAAAGAGAUCCCUUUCGCCCAAGGUACCAACUCGAACUGUCCUUCUCUGCUGUUUUUGCGAACACGAAAGAAAUGAAUGGCUGUCGCAGAUUCUCCAUGCAAAAGCAUUCGAUCUGGUUGUUGAUCCGACUGCAUGGAUUGGAAAUGAGGACUCUUCGGUCGACGAUGUCUUUGAUAUGAACCAUGAACAAGAGAGUUCAGUACGAGCAGACAAGCUUGCCACAGCAAAAGAGGUUUUUCGAAAAUGCCGCCGUAAGCUUUCCCUGGGUGCGAACCCAAGAGGGGAUUCCGCUCCGAGCAGCUUGUUUCCAGAUGACUCGAACUUAUAUAAAAGACGAAAAUCACUAACAGUAGAUCCAGAAUGGAGAAAAGCACUGAUGGCUAUUUAAGUGCUGUUGCUAUACUGAGUGGAACAGGAUGAAAGGAAGUCGCCGUCUCCGUCUCCGUCUCCGUCUCCGUCUCAAUACUCAUGCUCGAGCAAAUAGGAGGUAGAAUUAGACAGUUAUGUAUUAACAUCACACUAAAAACAGUUAAAAGGGGGAGCCUUAUUCGAAUGGUAUCACCGACUUAGAUAUUUUAUUUUAAGAGGCAGAACUUGAAUUUCUUGAAAAUAGUAACUCUCCAAAAGCCAUUUUACCAGUUACAUACUUUUACGCACGUGUAAGCAAAGAGAUGUUUGUUAUAUAAUUCAGGAAUUUAACUCAGUUAAAGAAAGGAGUACUUAUAUGGCAUAGUUCGAUCGCUUUUCUGUCAUCAGAUCGAUUUCGAGAAUAUCAUAUACUGUCAUGAAUAUUAUCAUAUUAGUAGCAUAUUAGUAGCAUUCUCCAGGAUCCCUAUUACAUUAUCGACCUAAAUUAUCCGGGAAACAACCAAACCUAGAGAUAUAAAAGAAACUAUUGCAGAUAGAAGUUUUAUAUAACAGGUUUAAUAAUUGUGAUUUUUGCAUAGAUGAGAUAUACCGGUAUGGGCCUUAUCAUUAAAAGAAGAUUAUAUAAUAUUAUGUACAGUUAGGUUUGUUAUUUAUACAUAAAAUCACUCAUAUCAGGCCGGAUAAUUAGGUUUUGAACAUAUUGGGUUUUUGAAAAUAACUUAUUGAUUUUUUCAGUUUGUAGAAAAUGAACAGUCCAUGAAUAAACUACAUCUUCAUAAGUUUUAUUUCUUUGUUUGUUGUUUCUUUUUUUAAAGGAACUCUUUAUGCUCACUCUAAGAGCAAAAUGGUGGAUGUCAGGUCACUGAUAGCAAUUUUUAAAGCUUCAGACGAUCAGUAUAAUAAUUGAGUUGAAAUAUCCAAAAGAAAACUUAAGCGCCAGAAGUAAGUUUUUUCAUCCGGUAAUUUUGGCUAAUCAGUUUUAAAGUAGUUAGAAAAACAACUCAAAAACUGAAUGUUAUUUUGAAAAACAUUUACUCAAGUCAAAAAGAUGAUCUGAUUUGUUUCAGUAGUAUACGUAUAUGAUAGAAUCAGUUGAUAUUGAUCGUAAUUGAAUAAAUUGAAGGACGUUAGUUUAAGAAAGACUAGCCUUGUAAAACUAAAAAGACUGUCAUAGGAUUUCUUUAGCUAGCCCUCUUAUCAAUAGGAGCCAUUUCACUGACGUGAACUGUUGAGCACUUGAUUUGUAUUUAUGUACGUGCAAGUCAGUUGUUGAUACG